UUGUAGCUCUCAUUCACGUUUCAGUUAUAAAUACUCCAUAGUAAGAGACUUCACACUUUAACACAUUUUGCUCCAAUGGAAACACCGGACUUCUUCGCCGGCGGCUAUUCCGCUCCUGUCAUAGAUUCUCAAUUCGAACAUAAGCCAUUCGACAGCACGAAUAAUAACAAAAACAAUAACCAUAUUACCGUAGAUGACCUUUUGGAUUUUUCCAAGGAAGAUGAAGUCAUGACUGACGCCUUUUUCAACGCUAUCGCCGGCAAUUCUGCCGAUUCUUCCUCCCUCACCGUCGUUGAUAGCUGUAAUUCGUUAGUUUCUGGUGGGGAAGAACACUUUGACGGCAACCUCAGCUACCGUAGCUUCACCGACGCCCCAUUCCUUACCAGCGAACUCUGCGUUCCGCAUGACGAUUUGGCUGAGCUGGAAUGGAUCUCAAACUUUGUAGAGGAAUCAUUCUCAACCGACGACCUUCAAAAUCUUCAGUUUAUUCCGGCGACAGAAGGCCCUUCAACCACCACCACAUCCGCCGAGAAUUCCUCAUCCGGAACCGUAACUUUCAGCGGGAAUUACCACAAUACCACUGGCAGUAACUCACCUCCUGCAUUUCCAUGCAAAUCUCGAAGCAAGCGUUCACGCGCCGCUCCCUGCGGCUGGUUAUCUCGCCUCCUGCUCCUCCCUCCCGCCACCACGUCAUCAUUAGACAGCAAUAGCUCAUUGAAAACGACGCCGUGCAGGAGGAGAGAGAGCACCGACACAAGUACAGGUCGUAAAUGUAAGCAUUGUGGUUCUGAAACAACGCCGCAAUGGCGCACAGGACCAAUGGGCCCAAAGACACUGUGCAAUGCGUGUGGAGUUAGAUAUAAGUCGGGUCGGUUGGUGCCUGAGUACCGGCCCGCCGCGAGCCCGACGUUUGUUUCAACCGAGCAUUCCAACUCUCACCGUAAGGUUAUUGAAAUAAGGAGGCAAAAGGAGCUUAGAACCAAUCAAAAUCAGCAGCAACAACAAUUGCAAAUGUGGUAGUCGUGAUCUGAGGCAGUUUGAUAUAGUGUCAGCUUGUGUAGGAAUACUACUUUGCACCUGCCACGUUAAAUUGUUAAUGUUGAAUCCCAUAUUGGGUCGAAA